AAAACGCACCUCUUCUCCCAAGAAAAUCCCCCUCGCCCUCCGUUUCAAGAACUCCCCAUCCCCAUGGAUCGCUCCACCAGCGUUUCAAGAAGGGACCCCUACGCCACCUCCGAGCUCCAAAAUGGCGCAGCAAUGGGCGACAAUGGCGCCAAGAGGAGUGAAGGAGAGGAUAUUAUGUCCGUGGAGAAGAUGUUCGAGUCUGAAGCGGUGCCUUCGUGGCAGAGCCAGCUGACUUUUAGGGCCUUCAUUGUUAGCUUUGUCCUCAGCAUUCUCUUCACUUUCAUUGUCAUGAAGCUUAAUCUCACCACUGGGAUUAUACCUUCCCUCAAUGUCUCCGCCGGGCUCUUGGGUUUCUUCUUUCUCAAGACUUGGACCAAAUUGCUCGAGAAAUCUGGGCUUCUCAAACAGCCGUUUACUAGGCAAGAAAACACUGUGAUUCAGACCUGUGUUGUUGCGUCUUCCGGGAUAGCAUUUAGCGGAGGUUUUGGAAGCUACCUGUUUGGCAUGAGCAGUGUUGUCGCUAAGCAAUCAACAGAAGCGAACAAUGCUCAGAAUAUUAAAGAACCGAGUCUGGCAUGGAUGAUUGGGUUCCUCUUUGUUGUCAGCUUUCUCGGGCUUUUUUCAGUGGUUCCCCUUAGGAAGAUAAUGAUCAUAGACUUCAAACUCAUUUAUCCAAGUGGCACGGCUACUGCUCACUUAAUCAACAGUUUUCAUACCCCAAAGGGAGCUAAGCUGGCAAAGAAACAAGUUAGGGCUCUCGGGAAAUUUUUCAGCUUUAGUUUCCUCUGGGGUUUCUUCCAGUGGUUUUUUACUGCUGGGGAUUCCUGUGGAUUUGUAAAUUUCCCCACAUUUGGGCUCAAAGCUUAUGAAAACAGGUUUUACUUUGAUUUCUCGGCAACUUAUGUGGGUGUUGGGAUGAUUUGCCCAUAUCUGAUCAACGUAUCUGUGUUACUUGGAGCAAUCCUUUCGUGGGGGAUAAUGUGGCCUCUUAUAAAGGACAGGAAGGGUCACUGGUAUCCUGCAGAUCUCAGUGAAAGCAGCCUUCAUGGCUUGCAAGGUUACCGGGUUUUCAUAGCAAUUGCCAUGAUUCUUGGUGAUGGUCUCUACAACUUCUGCAAAGUCUUUGGGCACACACUAUAUGGAUUGUAUCACCAAUUCAAGAACAAAUCGGUCCUCCCGGUUGCUGGACGAUCGCCAAAUGAGCCUUCGUUGUCGAUUGAUGACAAGCGAAGAACCGAGCUUUUCCUCAAGGACCAAAUCCCGACGUGGUUUGCAGUUGCUGGCUAUGUAGUGAUUGCCAUAAUCUCCACGAUUUCGCUCCCACACAUCUUCCACCAGCUGAAGUGGUACCACAUCGUGGCGAUCUACGUGGUUGCACCAGUACUAGCCUUCUGCAAUGCUUAUGGCGCGGGCCUAACUGACUGGUCCCUGGCAUCUACUUAUGGAAAGCUCGCAAUCUUCACAAUCGGGGCAUGGGCGGGGGCUUCACACGGAGGCGUUCUAGCGGGGCUAGCAGCUUGUGGUGUCAUGAUGAACAUUGUUUCCACUGCCUCAGACCUCUCGCAGGACUUCAAGACGGGCUACAUGACCCUGGCAUCCCCUCGGUCCAUGUUCGUUAGCCAGAUCAUUGGAACCGCAAUGGGGUGCGUGAUCUCCCCUUGCGUGUUUUGGCUCUUCUACAAGGCCUUCCACGACUUAGGCCAGCCCGGCUCAGAGUACCCCGCCCCCUACGCUCUCGUCUACCGCAACAUGUCCAUCCUCGGGGUCGAUGGCUUCUCCGCCCUGCCAAAGAACUGCCUCACUCUUUGCUACAUCUUCUUCGCUGGCGCCAUCGUUGUCAACGCCAUCAGGGACGCUGCGGGGAAGAAGCGGGCCCGCUUCAUCCCCAUCCCGAUGGCAAUGGCGAUUCCAUUCUAUCUCGGCAGCUACUUCGCCAUCGAUAUGUGCUUAGGGAGUCUGAUUCUGUUUGUGUGGAGAAAGAUGAACAAGAGAAAGGCUGAUGCUUUUGCACCUGCUGUGGCUUCUGGGCUAAUCUGUGGGGAUGGAAUUUGGACUUUACCUCAAUCAAUUCUGGCUUUGGCUGGGGUGAAUCCACCAAUUUGCAUGAAGUUUUUGUCAAGGAAAGACAAUACUAGGGUUGAUGCAUUCUUGGGUUCUUGAAUCAUUUGAUUCAUAUCUCACUGUUAAACUCAAAAGCAGUAGCAGUAAGUAGUAAAAUGUUGGUUUGAAAUUGUUACAGUGCAUAUAGUGAUGGAUUCUGCAGUCCAAAUAGUAAGAAUUGAAUGUAAUAUUCACUGUGUUUGCAAUGGUAAAAUGUCCAGUCUUUGAUGCUCCUAG